GCCAUAUACACCACAACAGAAUGCAAAAAGUGAGAACCUAACUAUUGUAGAAACAGCAAGAGCUUUAAUUCACUCUAGAAAAGGAAUUUUUGACUAGAGCUUUUGAACAGAAUUAAUCAACUCAGCAACAUACAUUGUGAAUCGCACUUGUGAAUCAAGUAUUGAAGGAAACUUCAAUAAUAAACCAAAAUUAAGCAAUUAAGCAUCGGAAGAAUAACAUACUGUAGGUAAGGAUAUAAUGUCAAUAUUAAAAAGAAACAAAGGUUUAAUUAAUUCUUCAUUAUGAGUGUUAUAUUCUCUUUAAUUCAAUAAAAAAACUUCAACAGUCCAAACAUUGAAAAAAACCGAUGAAACCCAACUCUACGCCGCUAAUCGAUUCUUCUAUCUACCCAUCCCAAUCGGUAUUUUUACGACACCUCGUCUGAAAAACAAACUGGUUUUCAAUCGGAUAAUCAAUCAGUUAAUUAAUCGACAACACUUAAGUGGCAUCGUACAAAUCACUGGCCAAUCCGGCGGAUCUAUAGGCCUGAGCACCGCCCACAAAUCUCUCUGGACGAAUGAACGCCCGUCUCCGAUAGCCAAAGGGGGUGGGAUACAGGUAAAUUGAGCACGUGGAGCUUAUGAUAUCUCAGCUAGCGAUUUCAGGUAGGGGAAAACCCGCAUUAUACCUGGAGAAUCCUUUCAGAAUUUCAGUCAGGUGUAACAUUUCGAAUAUGAUAGUGCUUUGCGACCCAUCGAAAUCAGCUUUGCGUGAAUCGUUUUCGUGAUUCAGACUCUAUGGUUUUCGAGUUUGCGGCAUUAUUGGUUCGAUGAACAAAAAAAACUUUUAGUUAGUUAGUAUUUUGCUGUGGGUUAAAGAGAGUUGUGACCCGGUGGCUGUGUCUUCUGAAGGUACUUUGGCGUUUUCAUGACAUUUUGCAGAGAGAGGAGACGUCAAUUUCAAGGGAAAAGUAUGCCCCGACUAAUGAUGCUACCUCAUUACAACAGCGUUCAAGCAUCGACACCACCAAGAUCUCCUGGUAGUCCUUCGAGCAGUCCUCUACCUGACAUGUCUUCAAGGAGUAUCAGUCCUUCCUCACCUCUAUCGAUAUCUCGGCAAAGUGCGUUUUCUCUAGUUUGCCGAAACGAAUUGCAGCAGAAAAAUUAUCUUUCUCUCAGAGGUGUCGGAGCUCUAAUGUACGCAAAUUCAAUGAGCCCCCUUGUAUCGCCCAGCUAUCAUCCCUAUUUUUGGCACCCGAUUUCAGGAAUGUACAACUUGCCCUAUUCACCGACAAACAGAUCAGAAUCCCAAAGUCCAGACAAAACGGAGAGAAUAGAAGCAAAGCAAACCCAGGAAAAUACCAAAACCGACGAUGACGUUCCCCUAAACCUCUCCAUGAAGAAGAGCUCCAGGACCCACAGCAUCUGGUCUCCAGGAAGUCUGUGCGAGGAAGAAAUGAAGAGUGCAUCGAAACACCAAUCAUCGCCUUCUAGUACAAGCAUAAGUAGUUUUACUAGAACUCCGGAAAGUCAGUGGAACUGGGACUACGUCGAGAGGGAAAGCCCAAAAGUGACUAGCAUCGGGCCUUCUGGAGAAAAACAGUUCACAUGUCAACAAUGUGGAAAGUCUUUCAAAAGAUCCUCUACGCUAUCCACGCAUCUCCUUAUACAUUCGGACACCAGGCCAUACCCUUGCCAAUAUUGUGGGAAAAGGUUUCACCAGAAAUCAGACAUGAAAAAGCAUACUUAUAUACAUACCGGAGAAAAGCCUCACAAAUGCGUCGUAUGUUCCAAAGCUUUCAGCCAAUCGUCAAAUCUCAUCACCCACAUGCGCAAACACACGGGAUACAAGCCCUUCUCCUGUGGUUUGUGCGAGAAGGCUUUCCAGAGAAAGGUGGACCUAAGACGGCAUAGGGAAUCUCAACAUCCAGCAGUGCCUGAGACUUUGCUGGAUAGUGUAUAUAGACAAAAGGUGGUUAAACAAGAGAUUGCCACUAACAGUUGAAAUCGAUCUUUGACGAUUUGUCUUGUGAAUUUUGUACAUAAUUAAGGUUAAAUAUUGAAAUUUUAUUCAGUUGUGAUGUUUAAACUUCGACUUUUCCUUAUUAGGGAAUAGUCAGAAUAUUUGUAUAGAUAAUUUAAUGAGAGCAGCUGAUUUUUGGGGUGUUUUUCUUGUGAAUGAAAUGCCCCAAAUGUAAAUUUAUGUAUAGUUUAUUCUUUGUAAGUGUCUUUCAGAACAUCAUUCCCAUUCAAUCAAGAUUAUCAAUAAUCGUUGGAUGGACUUUGUUCCAAAUUAUACGAUCAGUACAGGGUGGGCAUUGUUUCAACCCUGUUUUACGGUUUAUAGGUAGUCAGUGGUGUAGGUAAUACAAGUUUUUAUCAUGAAACUUAUUAAUAUUAGAAAAAUUGAAGAGCGAAUUCGAUUUUUCGAAAAUCCUGACUACCUCUAACACCGAUUGAAAAUUCUACGAUCCUUCCACAUUUUCGUUUAAAUUUUAAAAACUCUAGGAUAAAACCUACAAUUCUGUUCAUUCACAUUCCUCUAGAUAGCUCCAAUUCUCCAAUAAAGAACAUAAGGUUCGUUUAAAAAAUCUGUCGGCUGAGGCCAACCCUGUAUCCUUUGUCGACUGAAUAAAUGCAAGGAAAAAUCCAAAUUAUGUCAUCGUGGGACAAUAUACCAGUCUAGUCUAAGUUCAAAUAGUCCUGUUACCAUUUCAGCAAAAGUGCAAAUAUGUCCAAAUUAAUGAAAAAAUCACUUAUGUCGAAAAAUGUGUGAAUUACUGUGAUUAUUUGUAAAAAAUUAUCGAUUUUAUGUUAUUUUUAUAUGAAGCACUCCUAUCUUUAAAUUUGCACUUUUUAGUUUUACUAAUGACGUAAGCACGGCUGAAACCAUUAGUAAAACUUCAUACAGCUUGGAAAACCAAAGAUAUGUACAUGUACUACUAGCAACUAAGUAUUUUUAUGUAUGUUUUAGUUCAGUUACAGUGCUGAAAUGUUAUUUUUUUUUCGAAUUGUUGGUAGUGGUCAUCUGUUCCCUCUACAGGGGCAGCCAUGACAAAUGUGUAAAUUUUUGUAUGCAUUGAGUUUCAAAAUAUAUAUACCUAUAUGGAUCCA